GGGGAAUAUGCCCCGCAGGCAUGGGAAGGGUCCCUUUAGGGGACGGGCUGGGUCAUCCAGGGACUUUAUGUAACCAGGGGCUCCACACCCUGCUGUCUGGCUCAGGCUCCAUAGGUUGUCCCCUGCUGAUGGACACCCCCCCCCCCGCCCCCCCGCCCCCAGCCUGGCCACUUAGCCCGUAGAGGCAGUUUGCAGAAGUCUUGGGCCACUCUGGAGUGCCCCCUGCGUCUGGCACAGUAAAUGGGCUCAUCAUUCCUGGAUCUUCUCACUUAGGGGCCUGCCUCUGGGAAAAGGGGGUCAGAUAGAGUUAUUCAGUAGACCUGAGGAGCAUGUGGUUGUUACAUAAAUACUAUAUAAAGAUGACAAUUGCCUUCCGAAAGCCUCGUCCUGAAAGGUUGUAUAUCCCUCCGUCGAUGUACAGGUGCACUUAUAUUUGAGGAUCUUUGUUCAGAUUGGUUUGGAGCCUGUUUCCGAAAGCCACAUCCUUAGCCUUCCUGGGGACCUGCCCUCCCUCCUGAGCCUAGCUGGGUAUCUGGCCAGGUUGUCAGGCAGCAUUUUCCAAAAGUAAGGUGUGAGCGUGUGAAUUAAUGCUACCGAACGCCUGCCUGGUGGUUUUUCUAGCACCUCUAGCAGUGAUCUCGCUGAAUUCUCUUUAAGUCCUUACAACAACUCAUGAUGUUGGUAGUGUUAGCCCCAUUUCACCAGUGAGAAACAGUAAGAAAGGCGGAAUAAUUUGCCCAAGGUCAUACAGCUAGUAAAAGGUCAAGCUGGGAUUUCAGUCCAGGAAUAUUUGGUUCUUAAGCCCUGAACUCUUUCCACUUCCCUUCAUGCUGUCGUAACUAUUUAGCACUGGGGGGUGGGGAGGAGUUCCCAACCCCAGAAAUUCCUUAGAAAGAGAGAAAACUUAAGAAGGCUCCCUUCUGGUGCUUACGUACCAACUUUUCAAAUUGAAGGAAAGGUCAGUUCCAUGGUGCUUUGGGCCAGGUGAGCAGUGCCUGAAGGUUUGAUCUGUUUUUAUUAAGUCCUGUGGGAAGUCAAGUGACUGAAUGGUCUGAUACUUGGGUGAGCGGCUAGAAUCAUUCUACGAAAAGAAAACUAGAUCAGGUCAACAAAUAUAUCCUCAUUAAGCUGCAGGAAUAGGAAGGUUUCUAAGGCAACCGCAGGUGUUUUUGACAGGAGGGGUGGGAUGGGGCCAGGCCUCUCUAACUCAGGCAUAGGGAACUGCACAGGUUGCUAUGGUAACUACUUGCUACUUCUGGGAAAUGUACAAGAAGCCCACGGCCUUUACAACGCUCCCUGCAGGGUGAUUUUGGGCUUGAAGUAGCUUGCAAGUCAGUGUGGUGUGGUAGCGGUGAGGAGGGGAGCGACUGGAACCUGUGCUUUAUCUCCAGCCGGGAGCCGGGAAAUCCCGAGGCACCCUGCCCAGUCACAGUCUGGGUCCCGAUUCAGUUAUGGCAGUCAUUUUGCUUGACUCGAUAUCGAGCUCCAGGGGUGUCAGGAGGUGCCCCGAAUCAUCGGAUUACCCCCAAGAGGCAAAAUAAUUAACAUUUGUUCAGUGCUCUGGAGCUUGCAAGGCCAUCUCGGGGCCGUGUGCUCAUCUGAGGCACAAAACCCCUACAGUAGGAUUAUCGUCACAGAGCCCAUUUUCCAGGUAAGGAAACUGAGGUGAAGAGACUUGAUCAGGGUCACACAGCUCCAGGGUUGUGGAGCCAAAGCGCAGACCCUGGGCAUCAGUCCACAUUCCGUGCUUUUCUCUGCAUCCUGUUGGGGGAAAGCUGGCAUUAACUGUUCAGACAGAGACAAGGGGCAUAAGAGGCACCAGGCAGCUCCAAGGCUGGCAUACCUUGUUCUGAUCUGAGCUCAGAAAAUACUGCAUUUUGCUUUACUUUUUUUUUUUUUUUUUUAGUUCAUUUAUUUUUGAGAGAGGGGGUAGGGGCAGAGAGUGACAGGGAGAGAGAGAGAAUCCCAAGCAGGCAGGGCACUGACAGUGCAGGGCUCGAACUCACAAAGAUCGUGAGAUGGUGACCAGAGCUGAAACCAAGAGUCGGAUGCUUAACUGACUGAGCCAUCCAGGUGCCCCUCUACUUUCUUUUUUUUUUUUUAAGUUUAUUUAUUUUGAGAGAAAGAGCGAGCGAGAGUGCCCGUGUGAGUGCAUACGUGCACAGGUGAGCGGCGGAGGGGCAGAGAGAGAGAAUCCCAAGCAGGCUCCAGGCUGACAGCGUGGAGCCUGACAUGGGGCUCGAACUCCCGAACUGUGAGGCCAUGACCACAGCCGAAAUCAAGAAUCAGGAUGCCCAACUGACUUUUUUAAGGCACCCUUACUUUUUUUUUUUUUUUUAGCGUUUACCCUUGUAAAGGAUCUGAUAUCAGUUGAAACUAUUUGUUUUUGAGCUGAACAGUCCUGGCAAAGGUGGAGAUUGAGCAAGAGCCACCGGCGCGUUGUCCCCCUCUCUCCCCCAUCAAGGACAGAUCUGGAAGGCGGCCCUGAGUUUGAACCCUUCCCAGCACCCUUCUCCCUCGAGACAUCCUCAGGCCCCUCCACCCCACCCCAGGGAGCAGCGGGAAAGGGCACUUCCUCUGGCCUCCACCCCCCAGGGUAUCACAUAGUCACCUUUGGGCCUCGCUAUCCUCGCUAGAUCGUGUUCCUCUUGUUCCGGACGUGUGAGACCGAUGUAGCCAAGAUAUCAAGUGAUGGAAAGAAGGUGACACCGAGAGAUGCAGGGCCAGUGGCCGGAGACUUCGUUUCCCCUCCUGGUUGCGGAGGAUGGAGACACUAAAGGACAAGACCUUGGAGGAGCUGGAGGAAAUGCAGAACGACCCGGAGGCCAUUGACCGGCUGGCCCUGGAGUCCCCUGAGGUCCAGGACCUGCAGCUGGAACGAGAGAUGGCUCUGGCCACCAACCGCAGCCUGGCCGAGCGGAACCUGGAGUUUCAAGGUCCCCUGGAGAUCAGCCGCUCAAACCUCUCGGACAAGUACCAGGAGCUGCGGAAGCUCGUGGAGCGGUGCCAGGAGCAGAAGGCGAAGCUGGAGAAGUUUGCUUCAGCACUGAAGCCAGAGACCUUGUUAGACCUUCUGCAGAUCGAAGGCAUGAAGAUUGAAGAAGAGUCUGAGGCCAUGGCCGAGAAGUUCCUGGAGGGCGAGGUGCCCUUGGAAACGUUUCUGGAGAACUUCUCCUCCAUGAGGAUGCUGUCUCACCUGCGCAGGGUGCGCGUGGAGAAGCUUCAGGAUGUGAUGAGGAAGCCCAGAGUUUCCCAGGAGCCGGCUGGUGACGCCCCUCCUCCGCGCCCCCCGCCCCCGCCUCGCCCGGCCCCCACAGCGACACCCCCUGUGGCCGAAGAGCCGCCCCCGCCACCGGCGGCCGUGCCUCCCUACCCUUUGCCCUACAGCCCGUCUCCUGGCAUGCCCGUGGGCCCCACCGCCCAAGGCGCGCUCCAGCCGGCCCCCUUCCCCGUGGUGUCCCAGCCCUCCUUUUCCUACAGUGGGCCUCUGGGCCCCCCUUACCCGUCAGCCCAGCCAGGACCCCGGGCUGCCGCGGGCUACCCCUGGUCCCCACAAAGGAGCACGCCCCCCCGGCCAGGCUAUCCCACGGCCCCCACUGGUGCCUCUGGCCCCGGUUACCCCUUGGCGGGGAGCCGGGCCUCCAGUCCUGGCUAUCCUCAACAGGCCCCUUACCUCUCGACUGGAGGAAAACCUCCUUACCCAACACAGCCCCAGCUCCCCAUCUUCCCAGGCCAGCCCCAUCCCUCAGGCAUCCCCCAGCCGCCCUACCCUCCUGGGCCUGCCCCUCCCUAUGGGUUUCCAGCACCUCAGGGGCCCUCCUGGCCCGGGUAUUAGACACAGUCCCGGCCCUCGGCCCUUCCCUACUUCCACGUGUACCGCAACCUUCGGCCCGCCCACCACUGAGAUUUGAGGUUAAAUUGCAAGUGGACUUGGGUCCUCCUUGUGGACUUGUGUCAGCACGUGGGAGCCUCGGGGGGACCUGGUCGGGAGCGUGCAGGCCUGGAAAGGCGCCGGCAGCGUGACUGGCUUGGCCACACCAGACGGUCACGGCACUUAGUGGCCUCCUGGGGGAGGGGAGCGCCUCCUUUCAGUGACUGGCUUCAGCUUUUCUGGUGCUAGCCAGGCGGGGAACUCGGUGCCUCCCCCGUGGGUGUCCGUGUGAGUGGGCAGGUGGUGUGCUCGCGGGCACGCACUUGUGCUUGCACUCAUGGACACCGGAACCCAAUGCAAUUAUCUUCAUGACGAGGGGGUCUCCGGCCCCCGCUCACCCCCUGCCUCUCUCCUGGGAUCUGGCACAUUCAACCUGGUGCCCAGAGCAAGGGACGCGACUCUGCGUCCGUCUGGUCCAUUCAAGGAUGGCCUGGAGCUAGAGUGGGAUCGGGGGAGGGAACAGUAAGGAGAAACACUGAUUUUUAAAUCACAUAAAGCCAUAAUUGAACUCCGAUAGGUUGACGUCAGAUAAGCUUGUCCCGCGUGCUGGUUUGAACGAUGGCAGAGCAGCGAGAAAGCGGGGGGCUGUGAAGAUGGACCCCAGAAUCUGAGGCAGAGUCUGGAGGGGAGGGGCCAGCUCCGGCCCAGGAGAUGGUGUCGCACCGGACUCCUUUAGGAUUGGAGCGGCCGCCCUCUCUUCUCUGGGGCCCUCCACUUCCGGUUGACUGCUGAGGCCCGCCCCAUCCAUCCGCUCCUUUAGUGCCUUGAAUCUCAUCCGCAGCAGCCCCUCCCUCCGUCUGCUGCCUCUGGCUCCCUCGUGUAACUCCCCACCCCGGCACCCCUCCUGAGACACACAUUAAAGGAUGCCCUAACAGCGACUUCCCAAGUGGUGCUUCCUCAGACACCGUGACCAUCACCGUGUCAGAGUCCGCUCCUCUGCUUCCCUCUUGUCGUCAGAAUGUAAAGGGCAGGGAUUGGGACUCGCGCCGCCUGCAGCCCCCCUGGCACGCCGGGGAUGUUGAGCGUGUUCGGUGAUAACAGAGACAAUAGACCAAAGGGGUGUGGUGAGCGGAGCUUUACCUUGGUUGUUCCAGAUGGGAUCCGGGUCUCGAGGGCAGACUCUGGAGCUGCUAUGGGCCAGGAAGUCAUAUGUGCCUUGAAAUGUCCACUACUUGAGUACCCAGCGUCCGGUGGGCCUGGGGUGCUGGGGGCCAACGAGGAAACUCGACUUUCCGGUGCCUGCCCCCCUCCCCGGCCCACGCACCAUCGGUGGGUGUUCGCGACGAGAUGCUCCAUUCGCUGUUGGGUCCUUGCCAAUUGUUCUUGCUUCUCGUAAGUUAUUUAUCAAGAGAAAUCACUAAUGGACUCUACUGGUUCGAGUGCUUUUGAACUGGAUGACCGAUCGCCGGUGUGUUUGUGUAAUUAAUGGCCAUAAUAAACUUCGAUGAGUUACAAGUUGUGCUGUGGCUUGUCCAGUGGGUUUGCGAGGUGAAGAUGUGGCUGCCUGGGGCGGGUGUGGAAUCCCUUCAGGAUCCUGCUCUGCUGAGAGGCCUCUUUGAUUCCUGUCCACAAAGCCUCAUCUAUCUGGCUGUCCUCUCUUGAGCUGCUGCCCUCCCCUGCGCCUUUGCCCUGGGGCUAGGCUCUGACGACCUUCCCCUUUUCUCUCCUACUCUCUGGUUUUCUUUCUUUCUUUUUU